UCACUAUCAUUUCAAAGAAAAUAAAAAAAAAAAAAACAAAAAAAACAAUGAUGCGUUUGCGCUUAACUUUUGUAGUUCUAUUAUCGCUAUUACUCUUCAAAUUUACUAUUCAUGCUCAAUCAAGUAUUUUUGAUGUUACAAAAUAUGGUGCAAAGGCUAAUCAAAAUACAGAUUUUAGUCAGGCUCUCCUAAGUGCUUGGAAAGAAGCAUGUGCAUUUACAAGUUCAAGUAAAGUUGUAAUUCCUCCAGGGACAUACCUAUUAAAUCCUAUAUUAUUAGAAGGCCCUUGCAAGGCCCCUGUAGAGAUCCAUGUCCAAGGCACAAUUAAAGCCCCAAUUGACCUUGGGAUAUUUAAAGAACCUAGUUGGGUAACUUUCAGCAACAUUGACCACCUUACCUUGUCCGGUGGUGGCGUCUUUGAUGGCCAAGGAACCAAUGUUUGGGGUAAAAACUGCAACAAAAAUUCAUUUUGCUCCUCGCUUCCCAUUAAUUUAAGGUUCAAUUUCAUUACCAAUGCCAUGGUCCAAGACAUAACUUCCAAGGACAGCAAACAAUUUCAAGUUAAUGUUCUAGGAUGCAAUAACUUUACCUUCCAACGCUUUAAAGUCAUUGCACCAGAGAACAGCCUAAACACCGAUGGAAUCCACAUCGGACGAUCCACCGGGAUCAACAUCACCAAUUCCAGCAUUGCAACUGGUGAUGAUUGCAUCUCUCUUGGGGAUGGCAGUCGAAAUGUGCAUGUCACUAAUGUGACUUGUGGACCAGGCCAUGGAAUUAGCAUUGGUAGCCUUGGGAAAUAUGAAAAUGAAGAACCAGUUGAAGGGGUCUUUGUUAAAAAUUGCACCCUAACAAAUACACAAAAUGGUGUGAGGAUCAAGACUUGGCCAGCUUCUAAACAAGGUUCUGUCACUGAUUUGCAUUUUGAGGAUAUUUUUAUGCAAAAUGUUGGAAAUCCUAUCUUAAUUGAUCAAGAAUACUGCCCGUGGAAUCAAUGUAACCUACAGCUUCCUUCACGAGUUAAGAUCAGUAAAGUGAGCUUUAAGAAUAUUUGGGGAACUACUUCAACUCAAGUUGCAGUGAAACUCGUUUGUAGCAAAAGUCUUCAGUGUGACAACGUGGAACUCAGUGACAUUGACCUUAAAUACAACGGAAGUGAAGGGCCUGCCAUAUCCCAAUGUUCCAACGUUCGUCCUUCACUUUUAGGCAAACAGAAACCAAAAGCUUGUGGAAGCUCUGUAACAUCUAUCAAUGCUUGAUUGGUUAAUUCAUCAAUUUGCCAUGCGAGUUAACAAAAUAUUUUAUAAUGGAUGGAGGAAAUUUCUUCAUCGAUUCUAAUUUACUAAUUUUUCUAAAUAAACGAUGUGCUAAAAC